CGGGCCGGCUCCCGGAGCCCCGCGGAGCCCCGCGCCGCGCCGAGGAGCCAGCGGCCACCCGAGGCUCGGCGCUCCCGGCCGCCCCGCGGGCUCUGCUAUGAUCGGUGGGCGCCGGGAGCAGCAUGGGCAGCGUCAGCAGCCUCAUCUCCGGCCACGGCUUCCACAGCAAGCACUGCCGCGCCUCCCAGUACAAGCUCCGCAAGUCCUCGCACCUGAAAAAGCUCAACCGCUACUCGGACGGGCUGCUCCGCUUCGGCUUCUCGCAGGACUCCGGCCACAAGUCCGGCUCCAAGAGCAGCAAGAAUGAGGAUUUCUUCUACAUCAAGGUCAGCCAGAAGUCGCACGGCUCGCAGCGGCCGGACUACACCGCCCUGGGCGGCGGCGAGCGGGGCGCGCCCGCCGGGACCAGCGCGCUGGACUUCGGCGCGCCCACGCCGCAGAAGCUGAUGCCUUUCCCCGGCCAGCUGGAGGUGGGCGGGGAGAAGCCGCUGCCUCGUCCCACGGCCUUCAAGCCGGUGCUGCCGCGCUCCGGGGCCAUCCUGCACUCGAAGCCCGAGAGCGGGGGGCCCCUGGGCCAGCAGCUGCACCCCCCGGAGAAGGGCAAGGAGCAGGAGCUGCGGCCGCUGCCCUGCUCGGGGGGCCUGUCCGACUCCGGCCGCAACUCCAUGUCCAGCCUGCCCACGCACAGCACCAGCAGCAGCUACCAGCUGGAGCCCCUGGUCACCCCCAUGGGCCCCAUCAGCCGCUUCGGGGGCUCUGCCCACAACAUCCUGCAGUGCGCCGUCAUCCAGGACAGCAACAUGAUGAGCCUCAAGGCCAUGUCCUUCUCCGACGGCGGCAACAAGAUCCUGAACCCCGGCAAGGCCCCCCAGCACCGCCCCGCCGCCGAGAAAAGCGCCUGCCUGCGCUCGCCCAUCGCCACGGAUGAAUCCACCAUCCAGGAGCUGGAGCAGAAGCUGCUGGAAAGGGAGGGCGAGCUGCAGGAGCUGCAGUCGAGCUUCGAGGAGAAGGAAAUCAGCUCCUGCCAGGCCUACGAGGAGAAGCAGCGGCGCUGCAAGGAGGAGCUGGAGGGGCUGAAGCAGAAAUGCAACAGCAAGCUCAAGCAAACCUCGCAGAAGACGCAGCGGACGCAGCAGGUGCUGCACCUGCAGGUGUUCCAGCUGCAGCAGGAGAAGCAGCAGCUGCGGGAGGAGCUGGAGAAGCUCAUGAAGGAGCAGAACCUGCUGGAGACCAAGCUGAGGUCCUACGAGAAGGAGAAGACCAGCUUCGCCCCGGCGCUGGAGGAGACGCAGUGGGAGGUGUGCCAGAAAUCCGGGGAGAUCUCGCUGCUGAAGCAGCAGCUGAAGGAGUCGCAGACCGAGCUGACCACCAAGACCACGGAGAUCCUGAGCCUGAAGGCGCAGCUGAAGGAGGUGAGGCUGAAGAUGGAGGGGCUGGAGAUGAAGACGCAGGAGCUGGAGGUGUCGCUGCGCACCAAGGCCAUGGAGCUGGAGGUGUGCGAGAACGAGCUGCAGCGCAAGAAGAACGAGUCGGAGCUGCUGCGGGAGAAGGUGAACCUGCUGGAGCAGGAGAUCCUGGAGCUGCGCUCCGAGCUGGCCGUGCUCCGCGAGCAGCUCAGCGAGGCGCCGCGGCCGGGCGGGGACGAUGCCCAGGCCCUGCAGGGGCAGCUGGAGCGGCUGCGGGCCGAGCUGAAGGCCGAACGCGACAGCAACGAGCAGAUGAGCUGCAGCUUCCAGCACGAGCGGCAGACGUGGAAGGAGGAGAAGGAGAAGGUGAUCCACUACCAGAAGCAGCUGCAGCAGAGCUACCUGCACAUGUACAAGAGGAACCAGAGCCUGGAGAAGAUGCUGCAGCAGCUGGCGGCGGGCGAGGACGGCAAGGAGCCCAUCGAGCUGGAGAUCCCCGGCGCCGACGUCCCCUACGAGGACAUCAUCGCCACCGAGAUCUGAGCCGCUGUCCCCUCCCGAGGCGCUCGGCCCCGCCGUGCCGCCCAGCCGUGUCCCCCCGUCCCUCCGUCGUGUCCCAGAGGUGACAAAGCCACUCGUGCCCAUGGUGACGUGCCCGCAGCUCCCCCGCCCCGGCACCGCCCCGAGGAGGGCAGGGAUCAGCGCUCCGGGGAAUGCUCUGCCAUCCGUGCCCAGCGCCCAGGGGUGCUCUGCGCCAGGCUUGGGCAACACGGCCUGGCCCUGCUUGGGGGUGGCACAGCUCCUGGGGUGGCCCAGCACCAUCCUGCCCGCUGAUGGUGGCAGGAAUCAGUCCCAAUGUGUGUCCAGCUGCCAGGAUGGCCCAGCUCCUGGGGUGGCCCAGCUCCUGGGAUGGCAGAGAUCCAGGGAUGGCAGAGAUCCUGGGAUGGCACAGCUCUUGGGAUGGCCCAGCUCUUGGGAUGGCACAGCUCCUGGGAUGGCACAGCUCCUGGGAUGGCAGAGAUCCUGGGAUGGCAGAGAUCCUGGGAUGGCCCAGCUCUUGGGAUGGCAGAGAUCCAGGGAUGGCAGAGAUCCUGGGAUGGCAGAGAUCCUGGGAUGGCCCAGCUCCUGGGCACUGUCCUGCCGGCUGAUGGUGUCAGGAAUCAGCCCCAGUGUGUGCCCAGCUCCUGGGAUGGCAGAGUUACAAGGAUGGCACAGCUCCUGUGAUGGCCCAGCACCAUCCUGCCGGCUGAUGGUGGCAGGAAUCAGUCCAAGUGUGUGCCCAGGUCCUGGGAUGGCAGAGCUCCUGGGAUGACAGAGCUCCUGGGAUGGCAGAGAUCCUGGGAUGGCAGAGCUCCUGAGAUGGCACAGCUCCUGGGAUGGCCCAGCACCAUCCUGCCGGCUGAUGGUGGCAGGAAUCAGUCCAAGUGUGUGCCCAGUUCCUGGGAUGGCAGAACUCCUGGGAUGGCAGAGAUCCUGGGAUGGCCCAGCACCGUCCUGCCUGCUGACAGUGGCAGGAUUCAGCCCUAAUGUGUGCCCAGCUGCCAGGAUGGCACAGCUCCGUCCUGCCCGCUGCCCAUGGCAGGAAUCAGUCCCAGCUCCCUGGAGGAAGCUCCUGCUCCUCCUCACCCUCCGUCGGCGCCGAUGCCAGGGCGCCGCGCGAGCACGGAGCCACCUCUGCCACUGCCACAUCCACCCUGCCAGCCCGUGAGGGCCUCAGGAAGGUCCCCACCUGCUCACACCCCCCGGUACAGCCCAACCUCCCCAAAUCCCCCUGCAAUCACCCCAAAAUCCUCGUUCAGUCCGAGCACAGCCCCCUGCACCGCACCCACAGCACCCACAGCCCUCCCGGCGCCCCCACGGGCUCCGGCCCUGCAGCAGCUGCGCCCCAGAGUUCACAGGAAUGUGCCAGCCAUGCUCUGACCAAGGAAUGGGGUUCGUGCUCACCCCACAGCCCCCUGCACUCGCUAGGGCUGUCCCUCCCGGGACCCCCGGCUGCCUUAUCUCCUCCCGCGCCCCGAUCCCAUGGGAUCCGGCCGAGGGGAGCUGGUUAAACACCCCAAACCAACCACUUCCACCUUAAUUUCUACCCCAGCUCUUAAAAGUUCCUCCUGCCGCCAGCGAGUGGCUCCACAGAUGAGGAGUGGCGCUGCUGGUGACCCUCGUGUCCCCCUGCGUGGGGAGGGAACCGCAGGACCCAGUUUGUGGGGUGGGGGCUCCAGCCGAGACCCCGUUGUGCCAGUGCAAUGAUAUUUUUGCUGCAAUUAUUUACCCACUGCCCCAUUCCAGGGCUCCUGGGGGGUCUUGCACAAUCCCAACGCCGCUAAUUUGGCCCCGGGCUCUGAGCUGUGCAAAAUUCCGCGUCCCUCGCGCCACUCCAGCCUGGAAAGCGACACACGGGAACCAGUCUGUGCCUUCUGCACCCGGCCCUGAGCACCCCAAACCUCUGCCACAGCGCUCCCAGCUGGGCCUGGCACUGCCCGGCUGGGUCUGGCACUGCC